UUGUACAAAUCAUUUUCUUUUUCAUUUCAUCAAACAUGAGAGGAGUUUCACUAAUAACAUUCUCACUCUUUUCAUUACUUUUUACUAUUUUCUCACACCAUCUUUCAGCAGCUGAACAAUUCAUCCACAAGAAUCAAACAAAUCCCCAAAUCAUCGAUGCCUUCGAUUCCUCAUUUGUUUAUCCACUUAAGGGAAAUGUAUAUCCACGUGGGAAUUUCAUCGCGUCCAUCAACAUUGGCAAUCCCUCCAAACCUUACGAGCUUGACAUUGACACCGGUAGUGAUUUCACUUGGAUUCAGUGCGACGCACCGUGUACUCAUUGCACUGUGCCUAAAGAAAAACAAUAUAAACCCCAUGACAACUAUGUAAAAUAUUCAGACCAACUGUGUUCUUUGAUUCCGCCAAUACCGGGUACUCAUCCUAAGCCAAAUGAUCAAUGUAAGUAUAGGAUUCAAUAUGAAGAUAAAUCCACAUCCGAUGGUGCAUUAGUCAGAGACUCUAUACACAUAGGAACCACCAAGACCCCUGCAACUCAACCUUCACUGGCAUUCGGGUGUGGAUAUGACCAGAAAUUUCGUCCUGAUACACCUCCAUCGGUAGGGGUUCUCGGCCUCGGCAACGGAAAGAUAAGCAUAUCCUCACAACUCAACUCUCUAGGGCUUUCUCAAAGAGUGUUGGGUCAUUGUUUAAGUUCAAAAGAAGGAGGAUAUUUAUUCUUUGGGGAUAAAUUUAUUCCUCGGUCAGGAGUUGUUUGGACACCUAUAAUUAAUGGACCACACUACAUUGUAGGUCCGGCAGACCUGCUCUUCGAUGGAAAGCCUACUUCUGUGAAAGGUCUUCAACUUCUCUUUGAUAGUGGAACCACAUACACUCACCUCCCUUCCCAGAUUUAUAAUGCUGUUUUAAGCCAGGUGAGUGCUAAUUUGAAAGGGAAGCCUCUGAGUAGAUCAGUUGAGGAUCCGGAGUUACCAGUUUGUUGGGAGAGUAAUCUGAAGCCUCACAAGCUUUUCAAGUCUUUGAAUGAAGUCAAAGGCUUUUUUAAACCCUUGACUUUAAUCUUCACAAAAUCAAAGAAUUUGCAGUUUCAAAUUCCACCGGAAAAUUAUUUAAUAAUCUCAAAAUAUGGUAGUGUCUGCUUCGGAAUUCUUGAUGGACAGCAAAUGAACGUUAACUUAAUUGGAGAUAUCUUUAUGCAAGAUAAAUUAGUGAUUUAUGACAAUGAGAAACAACAGGUUGGAUGGACCUCUGCUAAUUGUAAUCAAGUUCCUCAUUGAUAAUAGUUUCCUGAAGUCUUAAUAAAGUAUAUCAUAUAUAUAUAUAUAUAUAUAUAUAUAUAUAUUAUUAAUAAUGGUGGAUAUGAGUGCCUUCUUUGAAAAUCUCAUUGUUUAAGUUGUGAAUCUUAACACAACGGUGCUUGUAAUUUAUAUAUCAGACAUUUAAUAAAACUGUCAAUUUAUUAUGUUUAUUUAUUUAUUUA